GAUCUCCUUUCCUACUGCCUCUCCAGCAGCAAAACUGCAGCAGCUGCGGGGUGAGGUCUCACGCACCAGCACCCCUCAGCACAUUCCUCCCCUGGCCAAAGGCGGCGCUGCCCGUGCCCUUGCCUUCUCUGGUUUCAUCCAUCUCCAGUUGGCCGUUCCCGGCACACCCAGAGUCCGGCCAGUUGACAUAAUUGUCGAUAUUAACUUUUACACUGCGAGUUUAUUUAACUGUCUUAGACUAACGACUUUAGAGAACAGUUGAAUUCGCAUUUACGGUCAGCUGCAUCAGAGGGGAAUUUUAUUGUGGGGAAGAGAAAGGCCGCGACACCGUUUCCAUGGAGACCAAAGCCGUUUCGGACGCCGCUGGAUCCUUCAGUAUAAAAACGCUGCGGUAACAUUAAUACAUUGCCAAGAUGGACACGGAGUACCUGAAAAACAGCAUUGGUAAAUGUUUAGUGGAAGGAUUGGCGGAGGUAGUGGAGCAGCGACCCAUGGACCCCAUCGAGUUCCUGGCCCAGUGGAUUUACAAAUACCGAGAAAACCGGGACUACGAGAGAGAAAGGAAGGCGUACCAGAGGGAGCUGGACGAGGCUAGAGCUGAGGCCGAACGCCGGAGGAAGAUGCGGGAGGAGGAGGAGGAGGAGGAGCAAAGAGUGCAUCAGGAGAAGUCAAAGCCUGAGCAGUCUGCGGAACCAGUACCGAUACCUGAGAAUUCUGUGGGAGAGCCGACCCAGCCAGAGGAAUCUGAGGAGCGUGUCUCUCCACAGCCUGAUCUGGUGGAGGAUGGGGCCUCGGCUGCAGGUCAUCCUGGCAAUGAGAUGCAAGCCGGCCCGUCGCAGGACACUGAGGAAAUGCAGGCCAUGGCUGCAGGUCAUCCUGGCGAAGAGAUGCAAGCCGGCCCGUCGCAGGACACUGAGGAAAUGCAGGCCUUGGCUGCAGGUCAUCCUGGCGAAGAGAUGCAAGCCGGCCCGUCGCAGGACACUGAGGAAAUGCAGGCCUUGGCUGCAGGUCAUCCUGGCGAAGAGAUGCAAGCCGGCCCGUCGCAGGACACUGAGGAAAUGCAGGCCUUGGCUGCAGGUCAUCCUGGCGAAGAGAUGCAAGCCGGCCCGUCGCAGGACACUGAGGAAAUGCAGGCCUUGUCUGAGCUAGGAAACAAAGAGACUCCCAACCAGGAGAGAAAUCAAGCGGCAUCACAUGAAACUACUCCAGUCGUGGGUACAGAUGCUGCAGCUGACCAUCCUGCCGCACGCGAUGGGCAAAGAGAGAGCUCAGCUUCGGCCAAUGAGACACAUAAUUCUGAAACCCAGCAAGGCACCGAGUCCACAGGAGCAGAUCCAGAUCUCGCCACAGAUAGCGAUGGUCUUCGAUCGAUUGUGGGUCACCUGGAAAUACAGCAUGAAGUGGAAACAUCUCAGCUUGGACAGGUGUCUUCUGAAGACGAGGUCAAAGAAGAGCUUUGAAUGAUAACACUCAUACCAUAACACUCUAACAUACCCUUUCAGCUUUAAUAUACAUUAAUGACAGACAUUAUAUGAUGAUAACAAACAAAAUUGUAUAAUCAUAUAAUGUUUGUUAUUAAUUUUAAGCUGUUAAAGUAUGUUAUGAUGUUAAGGUGUACUUACAUGCUGCUGAUGAAUGUUCUGUGAAUGCAUUAUGAAGGUGCAGUUAAUGUAAAGCGUUAGCAAUAUUAAUCAUAUAAAUUGUAUAAUAUUAGAUGUAAUAAAUAUAAAAUGAAAUAUAAUGCAUGGGAUCCAGCAGAAUACUGUCACUGCCUGGUUAUAGUCUGGAAAUGACCCAGGGAAAGAAAUUCUUCUUCUGGCUAAAAUAUAGCCUUGGGUAGUCGGCUCCUUCCUGGUGGCAGCUAGAGAUGGAGGCAGGGCUGUGAUUGGUCCAUCAUGAUGUUAAUGCCUCUCCUCAUGCAACAUGUUAGGUUAGCCAACUAGUUUUUUAUGAUUGUCUAUGCGUUUUUAAAGGAUCCUCAGUGCUGUCGUGUUAGCAGACCGCGAUACGUUACAUCAGUGCACCCCCAUCAGAGCAGAGUCAGAAGGUCACCAGAAGGCGUUUAGGCAGGUUUCCUUCCUCAGGUGUCCUCAGGAAGUACGUGUGUCUUCGUGGCAGGGAAGGUGCAGCCAGCUGAUUGUGAGAUAUCUUUUGAGGUAGGACUGCCCUGGAAUUUGAAAUCCACUAAGUCACACUUGAUUAAAACCAGAGUAAGCUCAGUGCUACGUUCCCUGACGCUGGUGAUGAGCUCCUGGGUCUUAAUGCUUAAUUCUCGGAACACCAUUUUCACAGGAUCUGGAACUCACCCCUGUAAGCUGACUCAUCAUCUGGGCAUAGAGACAAGGGCUUGGGGACACCAGUGCUAGGCAUUAGGGCAGGGAAUAGAUGGAGUCCUAGCUAGAUUUAAGAGGGUUUCUUAGAAAUUUGCUUAUCCAUUCUUGCUCUCCGUGAGACACACAGACACAAGGUCAUAUAGAUUCCAAGUAAUUUGGAGACCAUACUUUUUGGGAUUAUUGUGUUGAAAGUUCAGCCCUGGCCAAUGAAUAGCACCCUCAUGUAUAUGCCCUGGAAUCUGAGGUAGUGCAGAUAGUAUCUUCCAAGGAUCUGCUGGGUUGGUCCAGAGCAGCACAUGUGGGCUUUUCAAGGGCCAGGUGCUCAAAUGGGGGAGAAGGGGAUGCCCUCUGUAAAUCAAAAUAAAAUCGCCGACCAUGGUUGAAAUUCGCAAAGCAGGGAGGUGGUCCCCCACCCCCCUGAGUAAGUUUUCUGGGAUUAUGGCUGAUCAAAAAGGGGCAGAACCUCAGAAUUGUUCAGGUAAAAUGUUCAGGUGUUCAGGCGUCCUGAGCCCCCUCCCCCGUGGCUGACAUGAUGGCUUGAUGUGAAUCAGGAGGAACUCUCCAAGCAUUCCAUGAAGCUGCUUUAGUCCUCUGCCAGUAGGGUAUCAUUGCUUGGGGGAAGGGUGACCUGUGAUUUGUAUUUUGUUAACAAAUGGAGCCUAUUCCCUGGUUCAAUGGGAUUUCCCUAAAUAUACCGAAAGAAUGCUGGCACAAAAUUCAUGAAUACAUGAAUCACCAGUUUCCUACACAUAUGCACCAUGAGUUAGAAGUGUACACAUUUUUUUUUUCGAGUGGGGAUUAGAAAAUGCUUUUAAAGCUGAUUUUGAAACCAAGAGCAGAUAUCAAAACCCUCAUCUUGUGUUGAAAUAGGAGCAGGGUAUUUUUCUGUUACGCAUCUGUCCCACGAAUGA